UUACAAACAACCAACCAACAUAAUUUCCAAGUUACAAUUGCAAUCAAUGUGUAUCCCUCUGGUGGUUGAGGUUAUAUUAUUAGAAAAAAGCGUCUGUGAAAAGUUCGAUGAUAUCAUUACUUGUUUAACAACUAAUGUCAUUUCGUUCGGUUUGAUUCAUUAAAAAUUAAUUUAUUGCAUUUUGGAAACCUAGAUAUUACAGUACUAAAUAUCUUUAAUAUGAGUUCUUCUGAAGAAGUAUCAUGGAUUUCUUGGUUUUGUGGGCUUCGUGGGAAUGAAUUCUUUUGUGAGGUUGAUGAAGAUUACAUUCAAGAUAAGUUCAACUUAACAGGAUUAAGUGAACAAGUUCCUCAUUAUAGACAAGCGCUGGACAUGAUUUUAGACCUUGAGCCAGAUGAUGAACUGGAAGAUAAUCCCAAUCAAAGUGAUCUCAUUGAGCAAGCUGCUGAAAUGCUGUAUGGUCUUAUUCAUGCCAGAUACAUUCUAACAAAUCGAGGAAUUGCUCAAAUGAUUGAAAAAUACCAGAAUGGUGAUUUUGGUUACUGUCCCCGUGUUUAUUGUGAAAAUCAACCAAUGCUGCCAAUUGGUUUGUCAGAUGUUCCUGGAGAGGCAAUGGUCAAGCUGUACUGCCCCAAAUGUAUGGAUGUCUAUAAUCCUAAGUCAUCUCGACACCACCACACAGAUGGAGCAUACUUUGGAACAGGAUUUCCACACAUGUUAUUUAUGGUACAUCCAGAAUACAGACCUAAGCGUCCCACAAAUCAGUUUGUUCCUCGACUGUAUGGUUUCAAGAUCCACCCUCUUGCUUACCAGUUACAGCAGAAAGCAGCUGCUAAUUUCAAGGCUCCAGUUCGAACAAUGAGCUACAAUAAUGGCAAACGCUGAUAUAUAUUUUAUUUUUAAUUUGUUCAUACGCAUACUUCCUUUAAUUUCUAGUUAUUUUUAAGCAAAAAUAUUAUACUGUACAGUACAGAAUUUCCAUGUUACAAAUCCCGUUGAGGUGUCAGUUGUUUGUCUAAUCACUGGUUAUAAUAUCUUUUAUUAAUAGAAGAUUUAAGUAAUGUCCAAGGAAAUGCAUUAUGCUAAUAAAAUUGUAUUUAAAACCAAACCUA